AUGAGAAGUGUGCGUGUGUGCUUCUGCCUGGCUCUGCUGCUGCCUUGGUGCGCCCAGAGUCAGAGGAGCAGUCCCGCUCUUGCCAAACUCGAUGAAGACACAGAGGGGGACGUGCUGGCUGUCGACAUCCUAAACCGCGGCGGCGUGUUGAACUCGUUGCUCCGGUCAGAGCACCACACGGUGCUGAGGCAGGCACGAGCCCCACGCCCAGCCUCCCAGGUGCCAAAGAGAGCCCAGCAGGGGUCCCGCUUUGCGCUGUCUCUCGAUGUUCCCACCAGCAUCCUCAGUGUCCUCAUAGACCUGGCCAAGAACCAGGACAUGAGGACCAAGGCUGCAGCGAACGCAGAACUAAUGGCUCGAAUAGGCAAGAGGAAAUGA